ACACAAAUGGACGGGAGGACAUUAUUAUGAUUGAAGCUGAUCGAAAUUCAUCGAAAAUAAACAACAUGAAUGUUGUGUUGGUUAUUGAAUGUUGAUUAGCUUUACUUUUAAUUAGCACGUGUCGCCAAAAUCAAAAACCUUUUUGUAGUAAAAGUAGAAAAGUCUCUAUGUUUGCUUUUGAAAAUGAGCAAGCAAUCUAAAUUACCAGCUGUGGAAUCAGUAAAUAAUAAAAUAACAAAUAAGGAUGAGGGUAACAUUAAAUUCAGACCUUCACCAAAUCUCAUACAUAUAAAAAAGUAUUUCAAGUUAAAAUUUGUGGAAGACAUGAAUUCUUCGUCACCAUGUGACACAGAGUGUAAAUUAGAAACAAAAAAUAAAGUAACCGCAGUUGUUCAACCGCCACUGCCACCAAACUCACCUCCUCCAGACAGUCCUCUGAGCUUUGUUAAGCAGGAGGUGAAAGAUGAUGAAUAUGAGCAGACUCCCGAAGAGUCCGUGGAAGAGCCACCACAAAUUAGUGUAUCAUUGCAAGAACCUGAACGCAAAAAGCCGAUUAUGUGCAAAGAUUUUGUACGCAAAAAGUGCACACGAGGUUCCGCAUGCAACUUUGCACAUCAGAUAGAUUUAUCACAACUCAAAGGGAUUUACAAGUUUUGUAGAGAUUUUGAAAAUGGCAGAUGCAACCGACCUGUAUGCAACUUCGUCCACGCUACCACAUUUGAAAAGGAACAAUUCUUCCGGACUGGAGAAGACUUACCUGAACAUACAUUAGCUCAUCUGAAAAAUAAUCCAGUGCAACCGAUGCCAACUGAAAAUAUUCAUCACAAUCAUAUUUUUUCAAACCCGCCACCACAGCUCUUACCAAGCAUAGGCACAGCGCCAGUAGCGCCACCGUUUAGUGGUAAAAUACCUCCGGCUUCCCUCCCCGCGCCUCGCCCUACGCUCAAGCGUGAGUGGCGUCCUGUCGACGUCUUUACCAGUACCCACCACGAGUGCGACUUCAAAGAACCGCCUGCCAAGACAUGCAAUAGAUGCAAGCUAACCAAACUCAGGUUAGAACACAGCAAGGCUCAGGUCGCUCAGGCCAUGAGGGGCUUGCAGGAAUUAGACGAGAAACUGGAGCACAUCAACAAGAAAAAUAAUCGUUUACAUAGUAUUUUACGCGUUCUUCUAAAACCCAGGCGCACGUUGGAGCACGUGAACAACGAGUUCCUGACCCCGCCCCGACUGUCCACGUGCACGUCGCCGCUACAAGAGGACGCCAACAAGAAGGCGUUACUAGCGCAGAUGAAACUGCUCCUUACGAAGAUCUUGUUGGGUGGCGAAGAGUCCCCGGUAGAGGGCGCCUCUACCGGCGCCUAA